UUGAUAUAUUAGUAUUUUGCAUUAUAAGCAGUCAACCGAUUGACAAACUAGAAUUAUUUGAAUUCCGUGUGGAAAGAGCUCGGGUUAAUUUCGAGUGUUAUCUGCAAUCUAGAUGUUUAUAAAUCAUUUCAGUCGUUGAUAUAAUAAUUAAAGGUCGACUGAACAUGAAUUAUAUUAUACAAUUUAAAGCGCAUUUCUGUUUAUGCACGUGAACCCGUCUAACGUUAUUUUCGCAGUUAUAUAAAGUAGCAAAUUAUCGUUCCUGAAUAGGUGGCGCCGUGGUAGCGGAUCCUGUUCCUCUUCUUCCGGUUUCUGCACUGUGCAACUAUUUCAGUUAUAUUUUUAAUUAACGAUGCCAAGUACUUGUUGUUGUGUACCUGGAUGUCAUUUAAGAGGAGGACAUGCAUUUCCAAAUGACUUAAAAAGAAGGAAAAGUUGGAUCAACGCCAUGGCCCAUACGCAGAUUGGACGAGAACACGAUGAUAUCGUGGAGUCCAUCUCAAUCAGCUGUUGUUUGCAAGGCACGUUUUACUGAAAAAGACUACGUGCAGGAAACUAUUCAUGGGCGCAAACCCACCAUACAGAGACUUAAGUCUACUGCAAUUCCCAGCCUAUUUUCCUGGACCAAGCAAGAGACUGAAUCGUCCGCAAAAAGAAAAAUCAGGGCAGUUUCCUGUGAAAACAAAAGAACUAAACUUGAUGAAUAUUGUAGUAGAAAUCUAGAGGAAAGUUUUGAUUGUAAAGUUGGUUUUCCUGAAGAAGUCAUUCAUACUGCAGAAAGGAUUUAUGACUGUCCACCACCAACUGCCGAGCUAAUGUUGAGCUUCACAGAUGGAAUUACGCAAACACCAUCAAUGCCUAUGUUUUCAGCAGAGAAUUUUGAAAUGAAGACACGUGACACAGCCAUGCAUUUUUAUACCGGUUUAGAGUUGUAUACUAAAUUUUUAUUUGUUUUGACCACACUUGGUCCAGCAGCACAUUGUUUGAGAUACAUAUAUUUUCAAAUUGAUAGGGUGUCAGUUGAAAAUCAGUUUUUUUAUGACUUUGAUGAAAUUGAGGCAUCAUACAACCAACUUUGAACUGUCUAGAUUCUAGAUCGAAUCUAGUGUUAAGAAUAUUGUGUAUACAUGGAUUAUUUUUAUGUCUAAACAGUGGUGUGAGGCUAACACUUGGCCAUCUAGUGUUUUAGUCAGGUAUUUUUCACCAUCCAACUUCAAAUUAAAGUUUCCUACGACUUGGAUUAUUAUUGACAGCACAGAAUAUCCCGUGAUAAAACCUAAAGCUCCUAGAGCUCAGGCAACCUUUUCAUCAAAUAAAAACAGAAACACUGAAAAUUCUUGAAUGUUCGACACCUGGUGGUUUAGUCAACUAUGUCUCUAUGUCACAUAGAGCGAAUUAUUGGACUUGGCAAAACAUACAAAAUUCUAAUAAAUCCUAUGAAUGAAACUGAAACAAAACUUUCAUCUGAAAUAACAUUUAGUUGUUGUACAUGUUGUAUGUUGUGUAAUUUUAGAACUUGUAUUGUGCCAAAGGAUGCAUAAAUAAAAGUGACGCAAUGAA